CCGUGUGCGGCGCAGGCGCGGGGCGGGGCGGCGCCAUCACUUCCUGCCCCCCCGGCCGCCAUGUCGUUCCGGAAGGUGGUACGGCAGAGCAAAUUCCGGCACGUGUUUGGGCAGCCGGUGAAGACGGAGCAGUGCUACGAUGACAUCCGUGUCUCCCGUGUCACUUGGGACAGCACCUUCUGCGCUGUCAACCCUUCCUUCGUCGCCAUCAUCGUUGAGGCCAGCGGUGGCGGCGCCUUCCUCGUCCUCCCGUUGCACAAGACUGGGCGCAUUGACAAGUCGUACCCGACGGUGUGCGGACACACAGGCCCUGUUCUCGACAUCGAGUGGUGUCCGCACAAUGACCAUGUCAUCGCCAGCGGCUCUGAGGACUGCACCGUCAUGGUCUGGCAGAUCCCGGAGAAUGGGCUGAGCCAGCCGCUGACAGAGCCGGUGGUGGUGUUGGAAGGGCACUCGAAGCGCGUGGGCAUCAUUGCCUGGCACCCAACCGCCCACAAUGUCCUGCUCAGCGCUGGCUGUGACAAUGUGGUGCUGAUCUGGAACGUGGGGACGGCAGAGGAGCUGUACCGCCUGGAUGGGCUGCACCCCGACCUCAUCUAUAGCGUCAGCUGGAGCCGCGACGGCUCCCGCUUCUGCACCGCAUGCAAGGACAAGAGCAUCCGCAUCAUCGACCCCCGACGUGGCACCGUGGUGGCCGAGAAGGAGCGGGCCCAUGAGGGUGCGCGGCCCAUGAGGGCCAUCUUCUUGGCUGAUGGCAAGAUCUUCACCACUGGCUUCAGCCGCAUGAGCGAGCGGCAGCUGGCACUGUGGGACCCGGAGAACCUGGAGGAACCCAUGGGACUGCAGGAGCUGGACUCCAGCAACGGGACUCUGCUCCCCUUCUACGACCCCGACACCAACGUGGUCUAUGUCUGCGGGAAGGGUGACUCAAGCAUCCGGUACUUUGAGAUAACGGAGGAGCCCCCCUACAUCCACUUCCUCAACACCUUCACCAGCAAGGAGCCCCAACGGGGCAUGGGUUGGAUGCCCAAGCGCGGGCUGGACGUCAGCAAGUGCGAGAUCGCCAGGUUCUACAAGCUGCACGAGCGCAAGUGUGAGCCCAUCAUCAUGACGGUGCCAAGGAAGUCGGACCUGUUCCAGGACGACCUGUACCCCGACACGGCGGGGACGCAGGCGGCGCUAGCGGCAGACGAAUGGGUGGCGGGGCGCACGGCGGGGCCCGUGCUGGUGUCCCUGCGCCUCGCCUACGUCCCCAGCAAGCAGCGCGACCCCAAGGGGGGACGACGCAGCCUCCUGCAUGACGGCGGGACCCCCGCCACCCCUGCCACUGCGCCCCCCACACCCCCCAUGCCCACCCGUGCCUCCGCACCGGCACCCACUGCCCCCACGCCCACGGUAUGGGGGAUUGGGGGUGUUGGGGGGGUCUGUGAGGGUGGGGGCCGCCUGGAGGAGGUGCUGCAGGAGGUGGCCACGCUGCGGGCCUUGGUAGCCGAGCAGGGCCAGCGCAUCGCCCGCCUGGAGGAGCAGCUCAGCCGCCUCGAGAAUGGGCACGUCUAGGGCCCCCCCCAACUCAGGGACCCCCCUAUCACCCCCACGGGACACCCCCCACC